UGAGCAGCUGCGAAAGUGAUAGACCACGGCCGUCCAUGUCAGCCGAGCGGUGACGUCAGAUCAGCGGCCUAUGAUGGAGGCCGACGACAAUCACGGUCAGCAUCUGGAUGAUGUCGAUGACGAGAGCCACGCAUUCAUCGACCCCACGGACGGCGUCGAGGCGGCCGUCCUGGAGGCCACAGAGGGGCUGGAUGACUACGAGAACGGGUCAGAACACGAGAGGCGUCAAUGAACGCAUCCCAUAUCUCUGCUGGUUGUUUGCUUCUCUUUGUGUCAGGAUGGAUGACGGCGAGCCAGAUGAAGGCGACGAGGGAGACGACCAGAUGGACGACGCCUCUCGCUUAUCCGCCGCCCUCCCCGCCCUCCCCGACACUUCUCUGCUCACCAUCUCCUCCCACACCAAAGAGGUCUUCGCUGUCGCAUUCGCGCCCACCGACCCGCGUCUCAUAGUGACCGGCGGCUGUGACGACAAGGCAUUCGUCCAUCGGCUGGUCGAGCGGCCCUCUGACGGGCCCUCAGCGCCAUCCAAGUGGGCAGCCGAGCAGGUGUGUUGUCUGGAGGGCCACACCGACUCUGUUGUGAGCGUGGCUUUCGGCUUUGACGGCAACUAUGCUGCCACCGGGGGCUACGACGGGAUUGUCAAGGUGUGGGCCAUGCAGAGGGACGGCGAGGAACCGGCCUGGUCUCUGCUGCACUCUCUGGAGGGGCCUUCAGAGGAGGUGGAAUGGGUCGCCUGGCACCCGAAGGGCCACGCACUCCUUGCCGGUAAUGCAUACCCACACAGCUCAAUCCAUCCAUCCAUCCACGCCAUCUGUGUGUGUGCGUGACGGGUGCAGGUAGUCGUGACUGCACUGCGUGGCUUUGGUGGGCGCCGACCGGCAAAGUGAUGCAGAUCUUCGCCGGCCAGCACGGCGGGGCCGUCUCGUGCGGGGCGUUCGGCAUGGCCGGCAAACUCAUCUGCACUGGUCCGCCCCGCCAGUCACCGACACACCAGAAUCCAUCCCUCCGUGGCAUUGAUUGUAACAGGUUCAGAGGAUGGCUCUGCGGCUGUGUGGAGUCCGAAGGGCGGUGAGGCCCUCCACUUUCUGCGUCGGGCGGAGGAGCGGUCGGAGGGCAGCGGCACCAGCACAGAGGCCUUCCACACCGACGCCGUCGUGGCCAUCGCGACACACCAGGCACGGGAUAUGCUGCAGGCAGAGGGCUCGCUCACAUGGUCGCAUCCCGCCUUCGCGUGUCUUCCUGUGCACAUCAGAGUUUGCCGCUGAUGGCGACUGGAUCGGCCGACAUGACAUGCAAGGUGGUGCAUCUGGAGAGCGGCAGGGUCCUCGCCACACUCGGUGAGUGGGUGGGUGGGUGAUUGAGGAGACGAGAGAGACAGACAGAGAGAGAGAGAGAGAGGGCAUAUGUCGAGUGCAUAGGAUGACACCAGCUGUUGAUAGGAAGAGAAUGAGAUGCAUUACUUACGGCCGUCUCUGAUUCAUACUCUACCACGUGCAGCCUGACGCACCCCACCCGCCGGAUGCACAACACACCCUGCCCUGCACACCCACUAGUGGAUGGAUGGAUGGAUGGAUGGGCCAUUGGAUGCGUGUGUGCACGUGUGUGUAUGUCAGGUGGCCACAGAGGCAGUGUGGAGGGUCUGGCUUUCGGAUGUUGGGACGCACAGCCGACGCUCCUCGCCACGGGCGGACUUGACGGCAAGAUACAAGUCUGGGACUUGAGGUAACAGAGCCAGACACCCACUCGCUAUGACACACACACACACGGAUGGUCAGUCGCAUAUCUCGCUCUCUCUCACAUGAUCAGUCGAUACGAGUGUCGGUGCACCAUGGCCCACACCCACAUCAGUGGUGCUGAGGACACCUCCAACCAGCAAGAGCAGGAAGAGCAGCAGCGGGAGCAAGACAGCGACAUCAGCGGCAUCGUCCGUCUCAAGUGGUGCCCCGACGGCCGCCCGCUGCUCGUCAGCUGCUCGACCGACGCGACCAUCAGGUGAACGCCCUGCACACACGCCUAUAUUCAUCCAUCCUUGUCCGUGUGGUGUGUGUAUGUGUGCCGACAGGUUGUGGGAUGGGCGCACCAGCCAGUGCGAGCGGCUGCUGACGGGCCACAGCAACGCGGUGCUCGACAUGGACCUCCGUGUGGGGACGGGGGAUGGUGGCAGCUGCCUGUGGGUGGCGUCGGGGUCUGACGACCACACGUGCAAGCUGUGGCGAGUCGAGCUGCCCAGUGUGUGAAUGGAUGGAUGGAUGAUCGAGAAACGAG